AUGGGAUUCAGAUCGCUGCUCGGUUUGAGCUCACUGCUCCUCUCUGGGGUUGCCCUUGGGCAGACCGCUUCCGUUGACCCCGAGACUAUCCUUGGACGCGUUUCCCCAGUAUCAGGAGACAGCGGCAGAUACAUCGUCAAGUUCUCCGGGGCCGGUUCAGCGAAGUUCAGGAAGCGUGACGGUACCCCGGAUUCCGAAGGCUUCUUCGCCACCCUGGCGGAAUCCGGCAAGGACGCCUCGCCUGCUGUGAGCUUCAACUCUCAGCUUUUCCAUGGCGCUUCGUUCGACCUCAAAAAUGGCUCCGCCGAUUCAGUCGCGGACAUCCAAGCUUUGCCUGAGGUUGAGAAAGUCUGGUCAGCUGCUCUCUUCAGCAUCCCUGUUUCCGGCGAAGCUGUUGUCGAGUCUCAGUUUCCUACCUGGAAUCCCCAUAACGACACCAACGUGAGGCUGGCACAUGCCAAUGGGUAUCUCGGCAAAGAUAUCGUUGUGGCCGUUGUUGACACUGGAAUUGAUUACAACCAUCCCGCUCUCGGCGGUGGCUUAGGCUCUGGAUUCAAAGUUGAGAGCGGCUUCGACUUCGUUGGCGACGACUACGUACCGGGCGAUAUCUAUAUCCCUGACGAGGACCCAAUGGAUUGCAACGGCCACGGCACUCAUGUUGCUGGUAUUAUUGCUAGUAGCAACGAGUUUGUCCCGGGCGUUGCACCAUCUGCGAAACUACGCGCCUACAAAGUCUUUGGGUGCGGUGGCAGCACUUACGAGGAUGUCAUCAUCGCUGGCUUUUUGCGGGCGCACGAAGAAGGUGCUGACAUUGUCAGCGCUUCUCUUGGAUCCAAUCGCGGCUUCACAGACACUCCUCUUGCCGAGGUGGCGACGGCUAUCCAAGCUGCUGGCACCUUUGUGUCGAUUGCAGCAGGGAAUGCAGGUGAAACUAAUGGACCUUGGUACACAAGCAGUGGUGGCAACGGCAUCGGCAGCACUACUGUUGGCAGCGUCGAACAUGACGAGCUGGUGGCCUGGACCUUGGUUGCACGCUCUAGCAAUGGCGAAUCCAGAGAGAUCAUCUAUCUCGCGGACAAUGGAGUGCAAUGGAAUGUCAAUGGUUCAUUCUCAGCGUCGUGGCCUUCGGACCCUCGAGACCACACCGCAUGCGGAUACCCUUCUGCCAUCCCAGACACGAACGUGCUGGUCAUUCCGCGCGCCGAUUGUGGAUGGCAAAGAACGGACAGCGGAUUAAUGGGCAAGGUUGACUGGGUCCUGAUCUACAACUACGAGGGUUCCGAUUGGGAGAUUCCCGCUCGUGUUCGCUACAACGCUGAGGAACAGCCCAAAGGAUACAGCUUGAUCACCUACACGGACGGAGAUUGGCUCGUGAAGCAACACGAGAACAAUCACACUGUUGCUUUCGACUUUGUGAACGACAACAGACCCGCUGCGAUUGAUCGGCCAUCAUUCGCCGGAGGCAGAAUCGACCAAUUCACGUCUUGGGGUCCAACAUUGGAUGCUCGGAUGGCUCCUCAAAUUUCCGCUCCGGGUAUGCCCCCGUUUAACACCUGCGUGAAGAAGCCUGAACUAAUAUGCCUAGGCGGCUCUAUCUUCUCAACCUUCCCGCUUGGCUCAGGUGGCUGGGCCACGUUUUCCGGCACAAGCAUGGCUACUCCCUAUAUUGCUGGCGUUGCAGCUUUGUUCUUUGCUGCCAAUGGUGGCAAAGCUGCCCUGGGUGAUGGAGGAGCCAAGCUGGCUCACGAAAAGAUUGUCGCCAGUGGCAAACCAAUCCGGCACUACGACGGCACAGAUGCUUUGGCCUCGGUUGUACACCAGGGUGCGGGCUUGGUCGACGCCUUCAAAGUCGUUGGUUACUCGACUACGGUCAGCCCGGCUACUCUCAACCUCAACGACACUGAUCACUUUCAAAGCACUCAUGAGGUGAGGGUUACCAAUUCUGGGAACGAGUCGGUGACAUAUCAGUUUCACCAUGAGGCUGGGACCACAAUUUUCUCCAAGGGUGCAGGAGAUGCAUGGAUCUCACUGUCUCCCCCAUACGCCACUGACGAGUCCAAUGUUGCAACUGUCGACUUCUCUGCUACUGAGCUAAUCUUGGGGCCAGGAGAGAGUGGCACUUUCUCUAUCGCCUUUUCUGAGCCAUCCGCGUCUGAGGCUAUCAAGCUUCCUGUCUACGGUGGCUCUAUCCUGAUUGUAGGAUCUCAAGGAGAAGCUGUUCGCGUCACUUACAUGGGCGUCAAGGGAUCCAUCUAUGCCAGUGAUAUUUGGGAGAUGGAACGUGGUGUUCCUCUGCUUCUCAGCGGAUACGGAGGUCUCAUGGAAGAGGGUCACAACUACACGUUCGAAGAGGGAGGAGAUGUCAUGCAACCCUACUUCAACGUUCUCUGGUCUACUCGAGAGAUCAGCUUCGAUUAUGUUGCCCGGGACUGGAACGAGUCAGACUGGGUUUACCCCCCAGUCCCAGGCCAGAAUAAGUACCUCGGGUCAUUCAUCACUGAGCCCUCCGGCCUCUCCGAAACCAUCACGAGCUUCCCCUUCAAGAACUAUCCUCGCAACAGUGGAGGUGUCUACGCCAAGCCACAGAACAAGUUUGCACACGGGGUAGAUAUCCCUGCUGGUGAAUACAAGCUCCUGUGCCGCACGCUUCGCACCUUCGGAGACCCCAACAACCUCAAUGACUGGCAGUACAAGGUAUCCCCCUGGUUCCGGGUAACGAGGGAGAAGCCUCCGGUCACCGAGACCCCCGUUCCUACAACGGCUGAAGCUACUCCGGUGCCGACUUCCACAGUCAGCGUACCCGAGCCCUGCGCCGCUACAGUAACUCCCGUCAGCAUUCAAGCGUCUCUUGCCUCCGGAGAGGGUCCAUACAACCUUUACCUCUACUCUGAUUUCGCUGCCAUCGAUCUAGCUGGAACCAAAACCUCCUUGAACUUCACUCUGACGAGUGAUACACAUGUUCAGACCUGGCUCGACUCUUCUUACAAGUUCUUCUCGGUGCAUACCAACACCAACAGUCUGAUCUACACAUACACAGCGGGCAGAGUGUCCGGAGCUUACUCGUUCCUUGAAUGUGACGCCGUAGAUGGCGCUUUGCAGUGCGAGUCUAACGGCAAGAAGGCACUUUAUAUUUGCGACAGUGGAAGUGGUCUACUCCGCCAUGGCACUGAGCCAUUGGACGGCUGCCAAACAGUCACAUUGACUGUUGGCCCUCGAGAGAACCCAAAUUGUGCCACCGCCACCACUUCGGCCGGCGCGACGGAGAUAACAGCAGUGCCUACUACAUUCUCAACCGCCGUGGGGACUGCAUCCUUGUCUUGA